UGCGUAGAUUGGCUGGAGUUGCGGUGUCAUGACAACAGUAGCUCUUCCUCUGUCAGCCAUUUUGACAGCUAUCAGUGGAAAUAUUCACAGUGUUCUUUUCGUGCUAAAUACAACUCGAAAAGUUUGCGCUAACUAAAGAGAUGGAGAAAACUAUGAAUCCUACGGCGGCAGUACCGGUGACUCGCUUGCCACCUGGGCUACCAACAGUGGUGAUGGGAGAUGGGACCAGAUGUCUGGUAGAUAACAACACUAUCUGGAUACCAGCUGGUAAUCAUGUUAACCUCCAACCCGGUUACGCACAACCAAAACUCCUGCAGCCAGCUGUGACUGUCCCCCAGCCACCACCUUGCAGUAAACCUAGGGUGAUGAUGCCUGUCUGCCAGCUACCUGUCAGCCUGCCCAGUUCAGAGCUAGACCUACAUCUGAUGAGACCAAAGGCCUUCUCCUGUGUUCUGCCCCCACUUGACCUGCCCAGUCCAGGUCCUCAUCCCCAGUCUAUCCAUGUUGCAACCCCUGCCAUACCUACAACAAGCAGCCCCAAACCAAAUGUCCAACAAAAGCUCAAGCCUGAGCUCAAGCCCUGCAAACACAAGCCCCACACUUUCAGACCAAAACAGCCAAAGCCUCACAUUCCUAAAGAGAAAGUUAGCAAGCCUCGCCCAGAGAGCAAGCCCUACUUUGUGCCUCAGCCUCUUGGAGCUAAGCACAUCAAGCCCCAGAGCAAGACUCUUGGCAACCGCAUCACUAAAUCUGAGGGUGGUAUUAGUAUCAUUGAGCAUGUUAAGUCCUCAUCUAAGCUUAGUUUUGCUGAACAGCUGAAAUCUGCUGAUCGUGCUUACUUAAAACCGAAGUCUGUCUUGCCCAGUACAGGUUGCAAGACUUUGCCUGUACCUGUUAAGAAAGUAAAGGAUAAGGUUGUUUCAGAAACAGAGAGUGCUAAGUCAGGUGACAUCAGUGCUGCAACAGUAAGUGUCAAUGCAGCCAAAGCAGUGGACAAAGCUGAACCUAACUCUGAUGAUGAAUAUGAUGUGGAAUAUCUGUAUCUUACUAAACUCAUUUUAAGAAAAAAGAGGAAACCCACUGCUGAACCCAGCACAGAGCCCCUGCCCUCACGCAAGAGGAAGUGCCCAGAUGACAACAGCGAGGUGCCCCAAGCUGUGAAGCAGGCAAGACUGGAGGAGCCCCAGGACACCCUGGAGGACUUGGAAGCUCUCCUGGCUGAGUACAGCACCAGUCUGUCAUCUGGCACCAGGGACUUCUUCUAAACACAAUAAGGUGCAGGGGACAGGUAAGUAUAGAUAGGUGUAUAGAGUUAGGUGGUUGUUUAUAUAUGAACUCCAACUCCAAGAUGUCUUAUUGUAUUGAGGCUUGACAAUGUGGCUUUGAGUGAUAUUUCUGAUUGGGCUGACAUGUGUUGAAUCAAUCACAUUUUUUGUGAUGAAAAUGCGGGAAUAUACCAGGAGUUACCUUGUUAUUGGGCUGACAUGUGUUGAAUCAAUCACAUUUUUUGUGAUGAAAAUGCGGGAAUAUAUCAUGAGUUAACUUGUUACUUGUUUUUGGGGU